CCCGUCUGCCGUCACACAGCUGGCCAGGCAACUCUCUCUUUUUCUCUCUAUCUCCCUUUCCUCCCAUCUGCAUCCAGCCCCAAUCACUACCACACUACCCAUAAUUUGACGACGGUGGAUUGCAAAGUGUAUUCGCAUUCCAUCGACAGCAUCCAUCCACCUGCAUCCUGUCUCAUUCUCGAUCAUCGCAGGGUCCUGCAAGUAUCGUCACCUACGCACCGAGAAGCAUCGCAGAUUGCUCAGACUUUACUUGAAGUCGGCUACACACCCCCACCAUGGCUCCGGCCGUAGUCAUCGGUCUGGCGAACCAAGCCCGCUCGUUCAUCUCAAGCAGACGACUCUCGAGCCUCCCGGAAACAGCAGACAUCACGGCCCGGUCAUUUGACCCUUCUGUCGGACCCCUCGCCGCUCGAUUCCUCCUGCUCGCCCGCGACAGCAACGGCUACAAGGAGGAUCCUCACAUCGGCACCACUGACCCCCAGAACAUCAACAACACAGCCGUCUUCGUCAUCAUUGGCCUAAUCGGCGCCGCCUUUGUCAUCACGGGCAUAUGGUUCUUCUUCUGGGCGAAGAAUGGCGGCUUCUACUUCAAGGAGAAUGACUGGGACGAAUACAAGUCGACAGUCCUGCGCCGCCGAGGGCCCAACGGGACACUGCUGUCCGGUGCGACACCUACGACGCAGCUGGGUGGCGGCAGCGUAUACAAAGACUAUGACGACAACACCACCAGCAUCUCGGGAACCACUCUGUCGGGCAUCACGGCCGGGGCAAGUGAUAUUGUCGCCCGCGAGAAGCGCGAGCGGAAGCGCGAGAAGAGGCGCAAGGAGAAGGAGGCUCGGCACAAGGAGAAGCGCUCGGCCCACAAGAACUACGAUGAGACGGGCGUUUUGAUCGACGAAGAGGCGGAACGCGAAGCCAAGAAGCACCUGCGAUCGUAUCGGCACGAGAAGCCCGCCCGUGUCGGUGGUCUCAACAAGGAAUCCGAGGCGUCAGAGUGGGACGGCUCCACCAACCCGACCGAGUCGUCUGUCUCGACCAACCUGCUCUCGGCGCGUGAAACUACGCCGACGUCGACUCCGCCCAAGAGCAAGACGGGCGGCAUCCGCAAGGUGUACAGUACGGCAGACCGCAAUGAGGAGCGCGAGCGCCAGCGCAUCCGCGCCGAGGCUAAGAAGCUCCAAGAGAAGGGCCGCGCAGCGGGGAGCUCGAGACGUGACUUUAGCUUCCAGCGCUCGAGCACGGUGGCCGAGGAUCAGAACACGCGCGGCUACGCCCUGCCGCCGCCGCGGGAGGAGCCUGAGCCGAGCAUGCCCGGCAGCUGGGCAGAGAGCGAUAUCACGAGUGCGGUAGAGAGCGAUAUGGGUCAUAAGUCUUAUCACCACGUCAUCCCCGGUUUGAGCAGCCAAAGUGCCGUCAGCAGCGACUACGCGGACGAAAGACGUAAGAGGAGAAAAGAGGGAUACCGCCGCACCCGUGACCAUUGAGUGCAGUGAUGGAUGAGCGAUGAGUAAUGGACUGACGGAAGCGUGAGCGAGGCAGGAUAUCAGGUUUGAAUAACCUGGGGGUAUUAAGAAGAGAGAAAACGGACACGAACAGAGGAUGAAUCGUGAUGGGCGAAGUAUUUGGCAAAUCUCUGGCGUUGGGUUGGGGAUGCGGAACGUUUUUUCCAGCUAGUAUGAAUAUGGACUUUGCGGGAUACGCAGACUAGCAAUGCUAUCAUGUAGAUUGACGAUGGCCGGCAGCAAAUUAGCAUGCAUCCAUCCAUCCACAGAGGGUUCUCUUAUCGGCUUGUGUUUGGUCAUGGUGGACAUGGUUGAUAAGUCGGUACAGAUACAUGUGAAUGAAAAUAAUGUAUUAACU